GCCUUGGCCGAUGCCCGCAAGAAUGUUACGCGUCCCUCAUGUUCUAAAACAAGCACCCUCAAUGUCACCCAGGCCAGAUAAUGGUCGUGCUUGGGGUGGGCCUGGCUCGAACAGGAUGCGUGAGGCAGAGGAGGAGGGGUUCGCACGAGGGGGAGGAGUGGUCGCACGAGGGGUAGGAGCUUGGAAGAGGGGAGGAGGAGGUCACAUGGUGGUCGUGCAAGGGGGAGGAGGAGGUCGGAAGACGAUGUGUGAGGGGGAAGUGAAGAUCGUGCAAGGAAGAGCAGGAGGUUGCGCGGAGGUCGUGUGGAGGUUGGAAGAGGUCGGAGGACUCGGAGGAGGUCGCGCGAGCGGGAUGAGGAGGUCAGAAGAGAGGAGGAGGAGAUCGUCCAAGGAGGAGGAGCUGCUGGUGGAGGCUAGAAGAGGGGUGGGUGAAGGUCUCGCAAGGGGGAGGAGGAGGUCUGAAGACGAUGUGGAAGGGGGAAGUGCAGGUUGGGCAAGGAAAGGGAGGAGGUCGCGCGAGGGGAAGGAGGUUGCACAAAGGGGAGGAGGAGGUCGUGGGACGGGCAGGAGUGGGACGGGUAGGAGCAGGCUGCACGAUGGGGAGGAGAGGUUGCAGAAGGUCGUUCGGGAGGGGGAGGGGAGGAGGGGGCCAUGAAGGAAGGCGAGGAGGUUGCAAGGUCGCACACAGAGAGAGAGAGAGAGAGAGAGAGAGAGAGAGAGAGAGAGAGAGAGAGAGAGAGAGAGAGAGAGAGAG